AUGCGGCUGCUCAUCCUUCUCAUCAACACCCUUCUCACAUUUGCCUACAAAUGCACAAUACGACCCUAUGAGGCAAAAGGACCUAAACAAACGGGAAAUAAUGGUUAUGCGAUAGAAAUAGACGCAGCUACGACAAGGAGUGAUAAUGGCAGCACCGGUUUUAUCCCUGGUGAAACAUAUAAAAUUAAGGGACUUGAUAGAGCAGAAAAACAAAAAGUGCUACGCAAAUUAUCCCAGACAUUUGAAGAAAGGGAAAAGGGAAAAGAGAGAGCUGUUGUUCGCGGCCGCGGUGACGCACGAACAUCUCCAGGAUGCCGAAGAGGUGGUGUCAGUCAUUCAAAUCUACGACCAAAAACUUCUAUCCACACCAUAUGGAAAGCUCCAGAUGUACGCAAUCUCAAAAAUUAG